AAGUAGAAUAGUCUCAAAGACUGAACCAUCGCCAUUCUUUAUCCUUUUCUUUAUUUUCAACAUUAAUCAUUAAUUCAUUCAUUAUAUAUACUUCUCUCUAAUUUCUUAAUAAUCUCGCCUUAUAGUUUUUUUUUUCUUCUUAAAAGUCUUCUUCUUAUAGUUUACAUGGCAACCGUCGAUGUCAUCAACGGUGAUUCAAUCUCAACUCUUCAUUCUGAUAUCAUCCAAACCCAAAUCUUGACCCGACUCGAUGGUCCGACGUUAGCCUCCACCGCAACAACCUCCUCCUAUCUCCAAACACUUUGUACGGAAGAGAAACUCUGGCAAGAACUCUCCAUCGCCACGUGGCCUGCAAUCAAUGAUCCACGUGUUGUCCGAGCCAUUUCCUCUUUCCCUUCCGGUUACCGUUCUUUUUUUGCUGACUCGUACCCGUUCACUGAACACACGUGGCAGUCCGAAAAACAUGAUCCACCGACGGGAUUAAUCUCAGCCGUUGAUUUAUACUAUAGAGGAGAGAUUAUCUACUCGAAGAUACAAGAGAUGGAAACAGAGAAAGGUAAAUCAGGAUGGUUCUUGUCAUCGCCGUUUCGGGUCGAUAUACUCGACCCGAAAGAGUCGGUACAAACCCGGAUUCGAUAUCCGGGUGGGGAUUACGAAGCGUGGGUGAAAGAUAUGGAAGAGAGUAUGAGGCUUAACUGGAUAUUAAUCGAUCCGAUCAAGAAACGGGCAGCGAAUAUAUCUAGUCGAAAGGCGGUGUCUGCGAGGCGGAAUUGGCUAACGGGAGAUUUAGAAAUAAGGUUUUCAACUAUAGUGACGGCGGCGGCGGCGGAAGUGGCGGCGGUUGUGUCAUGCGGGUCAGCGGAAGCGUGGAAGGAGGUGGAUGAGGAAGUGGGAGGAGAAAUACACGUGAGAGACGUGAGGCUACAAGUUGAGGACAUAGAAGGAAAAUGUAUGAAAGGGAGGGAUAGUUUGGUAAUUUUACAAGGGUUGUUAGAAGGAAAGAGAUCGUGUAAAGAUGAUGAAGAGAGAAGAGCUAAAGAAAGGUAUGAAGAAUACGUGCGAAUGAAGAUUCAAUGGAGAGAGAAUAAAGAGAGGAAAGAAAAAGCUCAAGACACAAUUUGUAUGAUCUUUGGGUUCUCUUUGUUUGUGCUUUUGUGGAGUUUUAUUUUGUUACGGUAAAUAACUAAAGAAAAGUACAAAAAUACUUUAAAGUGAUCCAAUAAUACGUACAUUUCUUUGUCAUAUUUUUUUCGUUAAUUUGUAAUAAAGAAAAUUAUUGAGAAAUAUAUACAUGGAUAUUUGGUU